AUGUGGGGCGGCAAUGGCACGGCAGUCACUGAGUUUAUUUUGUUAGGAUUCUCUGGUUUUGGCUCCCUCCGGGGCCCUCUGUUUUGGGGAGUGCUCUGCAUCUACCUGGUCACCUUGCUGGGCAACUCCCUGAUCAUCCUCCUCACGCUGGCAGACUCUGCCUUGCACUCGCCCAUGUAUUUCCUCCUCCGCCACUUCUCCUUGGUGGAGAUCCUCUACACCACAACCAUUGUGCCUAGGAUGCUGGCCGAUCUCCUGUCCUCCUGCCCCACCAUCCCACCUGCCAGCUGCUUCAUGCAGCUGUAUUUCUUUGCCCUCUUUGGCAUCGCCGAAUGCGGCUUGCUCACUGCCAUGGCCUACGACCGCUAUGCUGCCAUCUGCCGGCCGCUGCGUUACAACACCCUGAUGAACCCGGGAGCAUGCGGGAGCAUGGUGGGUGCCGCCUACCUCACGGGCGUCAUCACCGGCACCACUCACGCCGUCUUCAUCUUCACCUUGCCCUUCCAGGGCGCCAAUACCAUCCAUCACUUUCUGUGUGACAUCCUGCCUGUGCUGAGGUUGGCCACUGCGAGCACCUUCUGGGGCGAAGUGGGAAAUCUCGCCGUGACGAUUGCCUUUAUCCUGACCCCUUUCUCACUGAUCAUAGCCUCUUACGCCUGUAUUCUUGCCACCAUCCUUGGGACUGCGACAUCCCAGGGGCGUCGAAAAAUCUUUUCUACCUGUUCCUCCCACCUGUUUGUGGUCAUGCUCUUUUUUGGAACUGGCACUGCUGCCUAUAUGAGGCCUCAGGCAGGCUCCUCUCAGGACAUGGACCAGGUUCUCACCUUCUUUUACACAGUUGUCACCCCCGUGUUCAACCCGUUUGUCUAUACUCUGAGGAAUAAGGAGGUCACCGGGGCCAUGAAGCGGCUUGUGAAGAGAUACUUUUAG